AUGGACGAUGAACCCAUCGCUGCCCAGUCUUCCAGCAAUGACACUCACAACGAUGCUAUACCGCCUCUCAGCUCUUCUCCUCCCGAUACUAUAAUCCUGGAGUCCCCAAGCUUGGAUGCGACUACACCUAUAAGCCCCCGUCUAUCUAGGAAUCCCUCCUUCUCUGGCAGUAGCUCCCAUCACGACGACUGGGACCCUCUACCGCCGUUGGACCGAUUGACUGUGCUUGAUCUCCUCGACAAUCUCGCCCUACCUCAACAGCUGGAGAAGCUUCAAAAAGGCAUCUCAGCUCAGACUGACAAGGUCCGCCGAUCCAAAGAUGCAUUCAAGUCGAGAACGCAACUCGCCCGUCACCGGAUGGUGGAAGAAUGGCGGCGCCGCGUCCCCUCAGCUGAUGAACAGUUUGAUCGAUACAGGAAAAGGAUGCGACAGCGUGUCGAGAAACUGGGCAGACAAUGGAAUGACACAAAAGCAAUCACCUUGCGCGAAAAGAUAUCCUUUAUAUGUGGUGUUAUGAAUAUCUUCAUCAGUGGAUACCUAAUUGGCGGGUAUCCGCAGUAUUUCCACCUCUGGUACACAGCCCAGUUGGUCUAUUUCAUGCCAAUUCGGUUUUUCACGUAUCAUCGCCGCGGGUAUCACUACUUCCUCGCGGAUCUUUGUUACUUCGUCAACAUGCUACUUUUUCUUAGUAUUUGGAUCUUCCCCAACUCCAAGCGGCUCCUCACCGCAACUUAUUGUCUGGCCUUUGGUAAUAACGCUGUGGCAAUCAUCAUGUGGCGUAAUUCUCUCGUAUUCCACAGCUUUGACAAGGUCACAUCCCUUUUUAUUCAUAUAAUGCCGUGUGCUACACUUCACUGUCUCGUCCAUUUGCACUCCCCUGAGGACCAAAAAUCGAGGUUCCCCGCCAUCUGGGCUAUUAAAAACUCGGCUCCUGGUUCUUCCACUGCCUACGCCAAUGUUAUUUCCAUGCUUGCAUGGAGCACGAUUCCUUAUGCUUUUUGGCAGUUGAGCUAUUACUUCUUCAUCACUGUUCGUCGCAGAGACAAAAUCGCGGCUGGCCGGCCCACAUCAUUCACAUGGCUUCGACGAUCUUAUUCCAAAACCUGGAUUGGAAAAGUCGUUCUUUCUCUCCCUCAACCUCUUCAAGAGCCAGCUUUCAUGAUGAUACAGUAUAGCUACGCAGUAUUGACAAUGCUACCCUGCCCACUUUGGUUCAACAGUCGAUUCGCCUCUUCCGCAUUUCUGCUUGUUGUUUUUGCGUGGAGCAUUUAUAACGGUUCAACAUAUUACAUAGAUGUCUUUGGCAAGCGGUUUCAAAAAGAACUGGAGGCAAUGAAGGCCGAGGUGCUGAAGUGGCAAAACACUCCAGACCUCAUGUUGCAGUCGCCACUGUUGACACCUCAUCCCGACAUUGUCUCAGCGUCGGCAGCUGGGCAGCAAUUGCAGUCGUUGGACCCAGAGCCAGGUACUGUGAUGUCCAACUUCCAUGGUGGGCGAUCACCGAAUGGAAUGUCGAGACCUGGCACGGACAUGGGCCGCACUACCAGUUUGGACAAAAUCCCUUUACUUGACGAGAACAUUGAUGCAACAAGCACCAGCGUAGACGGUGGAGCAAGGGACAUCGCUCGAGAGAGAAAGCUACAAUAA